AUGUCUUCUAUCCAGCAAGACCCUCGUAUCCUUUACAGCAUCAACAAUAUCCGCGCUUUCCACAUCCAGAAUGGCGAGGAAUCCGAACUCACCUCGUCCGGCCCACAGACGCUGUCGUUGCUGAUGGUUCCUACAGCCUCGCCGCCUCAUGGCGAGGAGUCGGAUAGUAGUGGAUCUUCAACGCCAGAGGAAGACUUUUAUCUGCAUUUGCAUCUUCCGCCAGAGCUAGACAUGGCCCUGCCGGCGACUACACAGAUCUAUCACCAACCUCCCGCAAGCUAUCUGAUACCGCGCUGGGAUCUGGGUCCGGACGCUGGCGCGUUCAUCCGUCUUCAGUUUCCGGGCAUAGGCUCUGGGCCGGGAAAGGCAUCUCAGGAAGAUGUCGACACGUUCGAGACCAUUCUCGCGCAGUGCACAGCGUUUCUCGAGCGUGCCGCUUUGCCGCAGAAUCACGCCACCUACAAUCCGGCCGACUAUGCGCCGGGAGAGGGCUAUAUCUCGUCUGACGAAAAGAAAGGUUCUCAUCCUGGCCAAAUCGUGCUGGUAGACGAAGAGGAUGGUAGCGUCGUGGGCGAGCUUGGUGAGGGUUAUCAAGUGGAGGAAAAGCCAGGAGUGCAGCCAGGGUCGAAGAACCCCGUCGAGAUCCAGCUACCGCAAGACGGCGAGGGCAACAAAAUCAGCAUCACCAAUGUCUCUGAAGAAUACCUGCGCAUGGCUCGUCACCCAGCCUACAAAAACUCAACCAUUGUGCAGACCUCAGCGACGGCGUCGCGACUCAUCGUCACGGGCUCCAGCUACCUCGCCAACGCGCUCAACAGCGGCGCCGACAGCUUUACGCAACGCACAAAACCCAACCCAAAACCCGUGGUGUUCACUCCGACGGCGCAUGCGCGGAUCCGCAAGGUGCAUAACCUGUCACAAUCUGCGGCGGGCCUGUCGUCUCGAACGGCAGGCCAAAUCGGCCGUGUAGCACAGAACUUGGGUGCAACGCUGGCGCGGCGCAAGGAGGCGGGCAAAAAGUCUCCACAUGGGUACGAUAAGAAUGGGAAUCAGCUCGAGUUCAAGGCCGGGGUUAUGAACAAGUCUCUGAUUGCGUUUUCCACGUUGAUGGACGGGAUCGAGGAGAGUGCUCGUACGGUCUUGACGUCGGGGGGCACGGCGGCGAGCACGGUGAUCGGCCACAAGUACGGCGCUGAAGCUGGGUCGGUGGCUUCGAACCUGACGAGCGGGUUCAAGAAUGUCGGACUGGUGUAUAUUGACGCCUCCGGGGUGAGUCGCAAGGCGGUGCUCAAGUCUGUUGCAAAGGGCAUGGUGGUUGGACGCAUGCACAACGGCGAGCAGGUGGUUGUUGGCGGCGGUGACGGCGGGCAGGCGCCAGAGGGCUCGGCAAAGGCCGAGUACAGCUAUUACGGCAGCAACAAUAGCAGUAGCAGUAAUGUCCCCGGUCCGUCCCAGAGAGGCCCUCGGGAGCCUGUCAAUCGCCGGCCGUCGCCCUCGCAUACUCCGCCGCCGGCUUAUGGGGCUGCAGGCACUUAUUCCCUGGGCGGUGCGCCGUCGGGGGGGAAGUCAUGA